GUUUAUUGAGCUAUGACAAUGUGAACCCGAGAAAGCUUCGAACUCCGUGAAAAUUAAGUAGAGCAUUCAGAGCGAUCUGAUCGCCUCGAGCUCAGACGCUUAUCUGAUGACGCCACCGCAGGUGGAGCGAAGCUAAUCACCUUCCUCUAGAUAUACACAGCCUAUGGAGCGCUCAGUGUAGCAGUCAGCUGUUUGCCAAAGCCGUGUUGUCGUAAUAUUUAACGUUAUAUCUGACCUUUGAACACUGUUUUGUGAAAUAGUGCAUGUUAAAACAUGAGCCUCCGUAAACCCAGAAGAGUGAUGUGAAACUGUUCUACCGUUUGUUUGAGAUUUGUACAAGCAACAAAAUCUGGAAAAUAGCUGGGAAAGAUCAUAGAGGCAACAGGCGGUGUUGCGAAGGCUUGGAUCAGGAGGUACCGACCAUAUAGUUAAGGGCAGGAGAAGCAGCAGGAUGCUGUGGAUAUUGAUCUUCCUGCUGCCCAGAAUAGGGCUCAGUGCCAUGACCCAGACACUAUCACACCAGGACGACCGCAAAGAUGGUGACGUCUCCCCCACCACCAGACCCCACAUCUACCGCUGCCGCUCCCCCAACAUGGAGGAGUUUACCUGCUGGUGGCACCCCUUCCACCAGCCCACAGAGACCCACGUGGCCUACAAACUCACCUACAGCCUGGAAAAGGCACCCAAGCAGGAGUGUCCAGACUACGAGUCUGCAGGCCCCAACAGCUGCCACUUCAACAAGAGACACACGUCUGUCUGGAAGAUGUACUGCAUGGAGGUGACCGCUGUGACGCCGCAGGGAAACCACACAUCCCAGCAGCACUGUCUGGACGUGCAGGAGAUAGUGGAGCUGGAGGCGCCAGUCAACCUGACCUACACUCUACUGAACGGCAGCAAGGAUGAUGAUGGUCGCACGGUCAAGGUGUCCUGGGUCUACCCUGUCCCAGACCACAUCCAGUUCGGCUGGAUCUCGCUGGACUUUGAGCUGCAGUACAGACACAUAUCUGAACCCACCAACUGGAAGGUUAAAGGUUUGCUGCAAGAGUUUUCUCUGGAUCUACUGGACCUGCCUGCAGGAGAAUACCUGGUCCAGGUACGCUGCCGACCGCGCAGACACGGGCUCUGGAGCAGGUGGAGCUCCGCCCUCCUGCUCACCAUAACUGGGAAGUCUGCUCCAGAUAGACUGAUGGCUCUUCUGUUGGUGUCGGGAGUUGGAGUCAUGACGCUGCUGGUCAUCGGCUGUGCAGUGAUCCCUCACAGCAGGAGGAUCAAAGCCUUCCUCCUCCCUCCCAUCCCCAGACCCAGGAUCAGCGGAAUAGAUCCUCUGCUUGUGAAGAAGGGCAGCAUGGAGGAGAUCAACCGGCACUUCCUGUCACUGCACGGUUUCCAUGGCUACAAGCCCCCCAGCUACAGCGAGGAGUUCUGGGACAUGGUCAGCUCAGACGGUAACCAAACUCUUCACGGUAACCCCGGUAACCAAACUCUCCACGGUAACCCCGGCUUCAAGGAGGUUGAGGGGAGGCUGAACAUGGCCGCUUCCGGCGACCCGACACCCACAGCUACCCAGACCCCGGUCACCCCAAACCCUUACCUCCAGGGCCCCUUCCCCCUCCAGGGCCCCUUCCCCUACUGCCAGUCCACACCUUGGGUCUCCCAGCCCCUGGACACAGCCCCCGCAGAGCUACUCUCCUUCCCUGGAUCAGAUUACAGCCUCAUGGCCACCCCAGCCCCGGCCUCCACCUUCGCGGCAGCUUUGUCCACCUCCCAGGAUUUCUACAGCUGCGUGAACGGGAUGAGCCCUGCAGGGGAGGUGCAGCUGGUGCCAUGCCUGUCCAGUCCGGCCAAACUAUGCCCCUACGUGCAGCUGAAGGGGCAACUGAAGGGGAACCUGGCUGAGGAACGAGCAGAAAAGAGCCACCAGUUAGCCGACUACCUGGCGAGGAAGAUUGAGAUGGUGACACAUGGCCGAGUGGGGAUGAAGGAGGGCGGAGCUGCAGAGAACAGCCAAGCAGUUGUGCCUUUGCUGCCAGAUACACCCACUGACACGGUGUAAACACACACACACACACACACACACUAUGAACACACACUCACCUACACACACUGAAGCAUGCACACUCCAAAGACUCGCAAGACUUUUGACCUCAAAUGCACUUUACACACACACACACACACACACACACACACACACACACACACACACACUCACACACACACAGACACAGACAGUACAUGACUAUCUCAGUUUGUGAUUAUAAUAAAGUUCUCUAAUGAACUAUUGGUAAGGAUAUUCCUCUUGUCUGCCAGAUAAACAUGACUUUGGACUCAGAUGUCACUUCAGGUUUGUGCUUACACAGCCUGUUUUUUUCAGAACACUUAUAAUAAUAAGUAUUAUUAUUAUUAUUACUAAUAUUGGUGUAAUUUUCAAUGCAGUCAAAAGUCAAGCAGGUGUUGUGUUGGACUUACGCGCUUCUGGUGGAUUUGACCUGGUGGGCCCCUGCAAUGAAUUUGAAAGAAGUAAUUUGAUAGCAAAAGCUAAUACACACAACCCUAACCCUAAUACGUUAGAGCUCUUUGAUUUAGUACAAUAUUGUCAAUAUGAUCGAACAAAAUCGCAUACUUUAUUUUUCCCCCAUGUAACUUGUUUUCAAACAUUUUCACUCUGAAAGCUUUAAAAGGGUCAUCAGCAGUUGUCCCACAGAGGCCAGCUUGUCUCUCCCUCCGUCUCCAUGGGAAGUUUAGGGUUUGUUAGAUAGCUAUGGGAAUCUACUUUCCUUCACCAUCAGAACUAUUGUGUCGUUUAUUUUCUCCAGUGGCAUGGUUCUUUUUAUGCUGUAAUGUGCUGCUGUCAGAGUUUGUGCCUGUUCGUGCCUUGACCUGAUCUGGAACAUGGAUGCUGAUUCAAUCUCUCUAGCUGUACAUGUGCAUACUCUGACACACACCACACACCCUCCUAACGGGGCUCUGUGUGGGAAUCUCCAGGGGGUUCUAGAGGUCUUAAAGGAACUCAGUAAAGGAACAUUCCUUUGUCUUUACAUGUAUGCGUUUUAAGUUUUCUAGGACUGUAAGAAUUUAUCGAUUGAACAUUGACACAGUCAAAACAGUCACAUGAAUCAAAAAGAAAAUGUCAUAGACCACACUUCAUGUUGUGACGAUUUCUCCUUAUACCAUAUACAGUUUCUCCUUAUACAGUUUUCUUUUCCUUUUUCUUUUUUUGACAAUACAAAAAUAAAUGCAUGUUUUAAAUUCUAAAUUUGAAAAUUUCAACACAUUUAAGUGACACUAGUUGAGUUUGUGAAGUCAGAGAGGCACUAUCUGAUGUAUAGUUAUUUGUUGUCAUUACUUUGUAUAAUGUGUGAGGUGAAUUGUGCCCUUUGUUUCAAAGCUUUGUGACCUGCUAAAACGCUUUCCCAUUGUAAUGAAUAAAGCCUAUUCUAUUUGAUUUA